AUUUGCGCAUUAAACCAAAAAGUGUCACGUGAUAUGUCCCCAACCACUACGAAUUUUAACUACAGAUUUAACCAUGGUUAAACCAGAAUUCACGUAAACCGACUCUAAACCUAGAAAAUAUCUAAACCUUGGUUAAUAUCUCAGCCCCCUUAUAAAUAACGAGACUUCGUCUACAUCGUUCUACACAUCUCACUGCUCACUACUCUCACUGUAAUCCCUUAGAUCUUCUUUUCAAAUUUCAAUGGCGUCCGGUGAUGUUGAGUAUCGGUGCUUCGUUGGAGGUCUAGCAUGGGCCACUGAUGACAGAGCUCUUGAGACUGCCUUCGCUCAAUACGGCGACGUUAUUGAUUCCAAGAUCAUUAACGAUCGUGAGACUGGAAGAUCAAGGGGAUUCGGAUUCGUCACCUUCAAGGAUGAGAAAGCCAUGAAGGAUGCGAUUGAGGGAAUGAACGGACAAGAUCUCGAUGGCCGUAGCAUCACUGUUAACGAGGCUCAGUCACGAGGAAGCGGUGGCGGCGGAGGCCACCGUGGAGGUGGUGGCGGUGGAUACCGCAGCGGCGGUGGUGGAGGUUACUCCGGUGGAGGUGGUAGCUACGGAGGUGGCGGCGGUAGACGCGAGGGUGGAGGAGGAUACAGCGGCGGCGGCGGCGGUUACUCCUCAAGAGGUGGUGGUGGCGGAAGCUACGGUGGUGGAAGACGUGAGGGAGGAGGAGGAUACGGUGGUGGUGAAGGAGGAGGUUACGGAGGAAGCGGUGGUGGUGGAGGAUGGUAAUUCCUUUAAUUAGGUUUGGGAUUACCAAUGAAUGUUCUCUCUCUCGCUUGUUAUGCUUCUACUUGGUUUUGUGUGUUCUCUAUUUUGUUCUGGUUCUGCUUUAGAUUUGAUGUAACAGUUCGUGAUUAGGUAUUUUGGUAUCUGGAAACGUAAUGUUAAGUCACUUGUCAUUCUCUAAAUAACAAAUUUCUUCGGAGAUAUUAUCUCUGUUGAUUGAUUCUAUCAUCUAAAUUUCGGAAAUGCUAAUCGGAUACCGGAAUGGUGCCUUUGUUACGAUUGAGUUACUUACAUCACUGAUACAACAAUGAAGUACUUACUGAUUAUCUUUAUACCAUUCACCACACUACCUUUGAUAUUCAACAAUGAAGUAGAAACCUAUUUGGUUCAUUCGCA